GCCUUCUCUUUCAGCUGUCAUUGCAAUUUGCCCUUGGAGACCUGAGCGCAGCGUUUUUUGCACAUUCCUCGCAGGUGGCAACAACACAGCACGCGCCGAACUAUAUGAGUCUGGCACUGUCUUCUUGAAUACCUUUCCGAUUCUUCUCGAUGUCGAGUGGACUAAAACGGCCAUAUGCAAACGACGAAUCUGAUUUGGAUUCCGAGUCCGGGACAGUCUUCUUUGGCAGGAAGGACGGACCAACAAGAAACGGAAAAGCACUGAGGGUCUCCGCAACGAAUUCACGUGCCUCGAGCAUCACCGCGAUCACAUCGCCCAUCACGCUCAAAUGCGCACAACUCUCUACCAAAGAUGAGUUCUUUACCAUCCCUGAAGAUUGCCUUCAAGAGCAGGAUCAUUUACUGCCGGAAGAGAGUCUCCCGGCUAAGACGACUCUUCCCGACGAGAGUCUGCGAGACGAUUCGUCGGCCACAAGUUCCGUGAGCGACUGGUCUCGUGAGAAUCCCCCAGCCCAGGCGCAUGAUCGAAGUCAAGAGAAGAAUCUCUAUGAUAAGGAAUCUUCUGAAGAUCCUCCCAACUCCGAAUCCCUUCCCAUUCGGGUUCUGACAGACUUCAUCCUUUACGACGAAAACAACAACAACCGAAUCGUUUCUCUCGAGGCGCUUUAUGAACCUGGGACAUCACUUCGCGCAUAUGGCUUCGUCUCUUCCUUGCCUGUGGAUCCCGAAAACGAGGAGGAACUCGAGAUCGCCGACGAAGAUGCAGAGUCAGAAACGUCUGACGAGAACACCUAUGAGCUCAACCUCAGCGCCAUCUUCUCCCUCCAAAUCGACCCCAAUCCAACCGAACCAAUGUUUUGGCUUCGCACUAGCUUUGCGUGGUAUAUCCUCGACCGUCCAGACCCUAGGUGCCUUCCAGUUUACGUUCCCUACUGGAAACACCUGUACCUGGCGCGCCUGGCUCUGAGCAAGACUCGUACAGUAACCCGGCGCUAUAAGCUGACCUAUGACUCUAUCAUGCAGGAAGAGCUGGGCGGUGCUGUCUCUCUCUUCAGUACGUCCUUCACAGACGAAGAGAUCCGUGGCCUGGACGUCUGCUCAGAGUCUGAUUUCUAUGAUCUUAUCAACGAUGUCAACGAUGAGGACAAUGAGAAGACGCGGACGGCCCUAGAACUAGCAUACACAGAAUUGUUGCUCUCAAGAGUGAAGAACCCCAAACAGCGCAAAAUCACGAAAGGGCUGCCCAAACGAACCGUAGCUCGCCAUGUCACCAGAGAUGGUAGACAUCCAGAGCUCAAUCUAAUGGGCAGCAGAAAUACCAAGAAACACGUCAAUAUCGAAUUCGAGGUUCUGAAGCAUCGCAAUCCCACAUAUGCGACACCUUUCGUGCGGAGUCUGGCAUCUGACCUAUGUUUUCGCCUGUACGGUCAAAGCAUUAAGGAAGAGGACGGCGAAGAGUCAGCCAUAAACCUCACCUGCGAUCCUGAGACUGUUUUAGAUGGAGCAUUCAGUUUCUCGUCAGAGCCUGACACAAGUCUGGUCUGGAAGCUAUCUGAUCACCGAGAUGAGGAGUAUGUCAAUGAAGAGGCAGUGAAUUCCUACCUUUCGGCGGCAUCCGGAAGUGCUACUGGACGAAAGGGCUUGUCACUGAGAGCCGGUGAUCUUGUAGUAGUUCGAGGUGAUCCCAGGGACGAAGACCCUGUAGGGGCUAGCAAAAGGCUGGUCGGGAAGGGUGCAGCAAACGAUUGGGUGUAUUGGUUCGCUCAAGUCAUAUUCUUCUACAAGAAUCCAAGGGAUAGAGAAUCUGAAGCUCAUGUUCGCUGGCUAGCCCACAGCAGCCGCACCCAGCUGGGAGAGGCAGGCCAUCCCCGAGAGCUGGUCCUGCGCAAUUUAUGCAGCUCAAUAAACCUGUCAACCAUUCUGAACAAGAUCAAGGUGCAAUACAUUCGACCUUGGGAAGAAGAACCAAGUGGAUUCCCUUACCGUGCUAUUGAUCGAGAUAAUUUUUUUUACCGGUACGCUGCAAAUCAUGAGGGUGAUCUUCUCUGUGCCAGUCGUUUCAUGUUUCCGACUGAAACAGAAGACACGGACAGCAUACAUGCUUAUGGAUGUUUCACAUGUCACUUGCGUCAAUCUAUCGAAGAAGAUAAUAUACCAAGAAUGCCCAAACCUGAUUCCGGUCUGUUACUGUACAAAGGAGUGACCUACCACCUCUUUGAUUUUGUUUACUUCGGAUGGACUGACAAGAACCAUGUCAAUAAAGCAUAUCGCAUUGGCCAGAUUGUGAAGAUUAAUCGGCAAGCAAUAAAUCCUUCUAUGACGUUGACUCUUUUUGAACGCUAUGACGAGGUGGUGUGCGCUGUUGGUGAGGAAUAUAGAGAUCAUAAACGCCUUGUGGCCACGCAGCGAAAGGUGUCGAUCUAUGCUGAGCGUAUUCGUGGCAAGUGCUAUGUCAUGCAUCGGGAUGCUAUUCGAGAUUUCGCUAGUUGGAUGUUAGCGGAUGAUCGCUUUUUUGUCGAUCACGCAGCACCUAUCUCCAAUGGCAAUGCUACCUGGAGCCCAACAGCACUAACACCCCUUCCUCUUUCCGAUGUGCGAUACUGCCAUGAUGUGGACUGCAAUAUCCAGCGAAUAUCCAAGCAAAAUCCUAGGCCAACCAGAAAGCUCAGGGCUUUGGACUUGUAUCAUGGUGCUGGCGGUCUUUCCCAUGGACUGGAAAAAUCCGGUGCUUUUGAAACGUGUUGGGGUGUGGAUCUUUCCCCGAGUGCACAUAUGACGUUCAAAAAGAACUUUCCGAACGCCAUAGCCAUAUUUCAGUGUGCUAACGAGGUUCUUCGCCAUGCUAUUGAGAACGCGCAAGGCGCAGAUCACGAUUCUCUCUAUCCGAUUGGCGGCGGGGACGUUGCAUGCCCUCCUCUCCCCAACCCCGGCGAUCCUGACAUCAUCAUCUGCGGUCCACCAUGUCAAGGCUAUUCUGUCUUGAAUUCCUAUCGUAGAACCGACGAUAUUAAGAACACAUUGGUCGCCAAUGCACUCUCGUAUGUUGAUUACUUCCGGCCAAGAUUUUUUCUACUGGAGAAUGUCCAGCCUUUACUGAAUUCGCGUGGGAAAGUACUAAAGCCUGGAGAUAUUGACGAGCGCAUUAUUGAAAAUGCUGUGCGAAAGUUCAUUGUCCGGUUCUUGACUGCAAGAGGGUACCAAGUGCGCGUUACCGUUCUGCAAGCGGGCGAAUUUGGGGUAGCUCAGCAUCGAGCGCGAGUGUUCUUUUGGGCAGCGAAACGAAAUGAAGCCCUGCCAGAGUUCCCUCUUCCCACCCACACAUGGGCGCGUACGACACCGAGCCGGCGCGACGCUCUUGGAGGAGCGCCCUUGCCUUGCGUGACCGUCAAAGAUGUCAUUGGAGAUCUUCCAGAAUGGCAUUGGAUCAACCCAAAGAAGCUGAUGCCUCGGCCUGUUGUGCCAAAGCCAGCCGGCCCUCACUUUGAUGCGGUAACGUAUGACCGCAAAACGAGAACAUGUGGUUACGCAGGCUUCGUUCCUUACGCAACGCUACCAGCAACAGCUUAUCAAAAAGAGCUGCGCGGGAAUCGCAAAGGCGUGAGGUAUCAUUCAACGCUGACUUAUGUCGGUGAAAGUGUUGAGCGUGUCUGUAAUGUUCCCCGCCCCAAAGGAGAUAAAUGCCUGGAUGCAGGACGGGACUAUCGCGAGCUCGAUGGACGUUUUAGUGUGUGGCAUCUCACCUGCCCCCAUUCUCGGGCAGCCAGAGGUGGCUACGGCGAAGGUAAAUAUGCUCGAGUGUAUCCAGAUCGCCCCGCGAGGACUGUCUUAACGCGGAACGAGCCAACUGGCAAGCAGGGGCGGGUCCUCCACUAUAAUCAAAAUCGGGUGCUCUCCGCUCAAGAAAAUGCCCGGCUCCAAGGCUUUGCCGAUACCUUUACCUUCAUAUCUGGUACUGACGACUUGCGAGAUAUCAUGCGUCUCAUUGGCAAUGCUGUUCCGAUACCUUUGGGAUACCACCUAGGCCGACAAUUGGCAAGUGCGGCGUUGGCGAAGGAGGCCGAAUGUGCCGCGGAGCUUGCGAUCAAAGGAGAACGGUCUCCGUCUCCUGAUCUAUAAAUCAAACUCUUAUACAUUGAUUGAAUAGAUUAUCACAUGUUUUCUAGAGACGUCUUUACUCCGGGCUUAUAUUGAAAAUUUGUAAUGAAUCUUCC